CUGGCCCAGUGGCACCUUUCCGGGAAACAGGAUAACAGGACACAGAGAUCAAUAGUUACAAGUAUCUGUCACUGCCACUGCCACUGUCACCGACUGACUCUCCCUCCCUUUGGCCUCCCUUUGGCCUCCCUCUGCCCAAAAUCCCUCGUUUUAAUUUCACUGCCGGCUUUGCGGUGCUGGUUCUGGUGCUGCCCCUCUUGAAAUCCCACACCCAGCAAUUUCGGGCCAGCAAGCCUUCGGACCCUCACCCUGGACAACCUGGAGAUCGCUUGUCCGGGAGCUACAAUUAAGCUAGUGCAUCUCAUCGCCAUCGUCAUUCUCCUAACUGCCAACAAUCAACUCAUUGUGCGAGACAAGAAUCCGACAACGACAACCACCAUAACCUCCCAACCUCCUGCCCUCGUCCGACAAUACAAAAUCACCAUCUGGCCCAGUCAGGAGCUCUUGAGCAAUCCAGAUCCCCGUCUGCAGCCUCCAGCCAAUUGCACCAAGAAAGACACUAUUCACCCAUCCACCACGUCACUUACUUUGUUGUUGGUGAAAUACUAACGCAUCUCCUUUCGCCCAUCUCCUCCCUCUCCAUCCAUCUCACCAUUUAUAUUUGAACCCAAAUUACAUGUCGGUCGGAAGCAAUUGAUUGCCACAACACCACUGAAACCUGCCCAACAUGGCGUGGAACUCUGAGGCGGCAGAGCUAAAGACGCAAGGUGUCAUAGAGGCUGCACAAGAUCCCAAUUCCUCCACGACUGCUGGCGAUGCUCAAAGAAAGAUGGUGGCAGAGAGCAAGAAGGCGGGUGUUGCAGCCUUCAACUUUGAUCCAGAUGCAUCUCCAGAACAGAAGGCAGCUCAAGCACGAGCAGUAAGACUUUCCGAUCUCCUUCUACAGAACAGACUUGGCUAAUUCAUAAUCUCAGCGCGUCCCAGACGGCUUCCACCAUGAACACAAGUCUAAAGGAGUAGCUGUCCCAACCGAUAUUGAUGAUGGAGGACCGGGCGCCUACGAUCUACCUUCGCCGACCACAGCUGGUGCUAUUGCCGCUCCAAGUCACCAAAAGGAUGCCUCUGGCAAACCACUUACAAAUGGAGUCGCUGAUGAAUUGGAGUAUGAGGACUACGAGCGAUGGGUAGAGAGAACAGGAUGGGCACCUAGAUUUGGAAAUGGCGAUGACGACGACGAGGAUACUACACUACUAGAUCACCAAACCUGGGUUGAAGGAAAACUCGAUGAUAAAUUCUUUGGAGGUAAGUUGCACAUUUCAAGUUGCUCAGUGCUCAACUAAUACUUUACUCUAUAGACUGGUAUCACAACACAGCGGUCAUCGUUUUCGCAUGUCUUUCCUCUUGGUUCGUAGCAACCUUAGGAGGUGGAUUAGGCUGGGUCUUCAUUAUUAUGGCGAUUUGCGGCACAUAUUAUCGAACCUCGCUGCGACGAGUACGAAGAAACUUCCGAGACGACGUCAACCGAGAAAUGGCCAAACACAAGCUAGAAACUGAUACCGAAAGUCUGGAGUGGAUGAAUAGCUUCUUAGUCAAAUUCUGGCCCAUCUUUCAACCCGUCCUGGCAGAAACAAUCAUCAAUUCCGUUGAUCAAGUUCUCAGCACCGCCACCCCUGCUUUCCUAGACAGCCUCAAAAUGAAGACGUUCACUCUUGGCAGCAAACCACCACGAAUGGAGCAUGUCAGAACUUACCCAAAAGCAGAGGAUGAUAUUGUUCUCAUGGACUGGAGAUUUAGUUUCACACCCACCGAUCACUCUGAUAUGACAUCCAAACAGAUCAAAAAUAAAGUAAAUCCCAAAGUGGUCCUCGAAAUCAGAAUCGGCAAAGCCAUGAUCAGCAAAGGACUAGACGUCAUUGUGGAAGACAUGGCCUUUUCGGGUCUCAUGCGUGUGAAGAUCAAGCUUCAGAUUCCUUUCCCUCAUGUCGAAAAGAUUGAGGUUUGUUUCUUGGAGCCACCCACGAUUGAUUAUGUCUGCAAACCCCUCGGUGGUGAGACGCUCGGUUUCGACAUUAAUUUCAUCCCGGGUCUUGAAUCAUUCAUUUUGGAACAGAUUCACGCCAAUAUUGGUCCUAUGAUGUACGCACCCAAUGUCUUUCCAAUUGAAGUUGCAAAAAUGCUUUCUGGAUCAGCCGUCGACCAAGCAAUUGGAGUUAUGGCCAUUACUCUACACGGUGCUCAAGGACUUAAGAAUCCUGACAAGUUUGCUGGAACCCCUGAUCCAUAUACAGUCAUCUCUUUCAACAACGGUGCCGAACUUGCUAGGACGAAGACCAUCCACGAAAACGCAAAUCCCAAAUGGAACGAAACCAAGCAUGCUAUUGUUACAAGCUACAAUGAUACUCUCACGAUGGCAAUCUUCGAUUAUAAUGAGAUUCGCAAAGACAAGGAGCUGGGUGUGACUAGUUUCCCCUUGGAGCGCGUCCAGACAAUUACAGAAUAUGAAAAUGAGCAACUGGAGAUUACGGCCAAUGGUAAACCUCGGGGUAUCUUGGCUGCUGAUAUUCGCUUCUUCCCUGUUCUCGAGGGCGCCGAUCUUCCGGAUGGAAAGAAGGAACCACCGCCAGAGUCGAACACUGGUAUUGCUCGUUUCACAAUUGAGCAAGCUAAAGACCUGGACGGAACUAGAAGUUUGUAUGGACAGCUCAAUCCUUACGCAGUACUACUUUUGAACAAUAAGGAGAUUCAUGUUACCAGAAAAUUGAAGCGAACCAACAAUCCUAUCUGGGACAAUGGUAGCAAAGAAAUCCUAAUCACUGAUCGCAAAUCCGCGAAGCUCGGUUUGGUGAUCAAAGAUGACAGAGAUCUUUCUACCGACCCCAUUCUCGGCACGUAUCAGAUCAAGCUUGAUGAUAUGCUUGGUCUGAUGGAAAAAGGUCAGGAAUGGUACAAUCUUUCUGGUGCAAAGACGGGGCGGGCAAAAUUGACGAUGCAAUGGAAACCCGUGGCACUCUCUGGGGUAGGGUCUGGUACAGGAGGUUAUGUGACUCCGGUUGGUAUCAUGCGAAUCCACAUCAAUAAUGCUAGGGACCUCCGCAACUUGGAGACCAUCGGAAAAUCGGAUCCUUACGUUCGGAUUCUACUGUCAGGUAUCGAGAAAGGUCGUACAGUUACAUUCCAAAACAACCUCAAUCCGGACUUUGAUGAGGUUAUUUAUGUGCCUGUUCACAAUUCCCGAGAAAAGCUCAUACUUGAAGUGAUGGACCAGGAGACUCUUGGUAGCGAUCGUUCUUUGGGACUGGUCGAAGUAUUGGCCGCAGACUAUGUCGAGCAGGCGGAUAAUGGCGAAUACCUUGUUCACGAUUCUAAACUCCCACAUUCAGACGUAUUACGCAUGCAUGGUAAAGGCUCGCCCAAGGGUACCCUUAACUAUACAGUCUCCUUCUAUCCUCUUCUCAAUAUUGCAGACCCAGAAGACGAAGAGGAAGCUGCAGAGAGGAGAGCCUCGUCCGAACAAGCUAUCUCGGAAAGAAACCCAUCCGAUAGAGGCCGCAUCUCAGUUGACACGGGUCUUAAGAAUGGAGACGGUUCUGUUCCCCCGACUCCAACUACCUUGGCAACGAAUGGCUCAAUUGGACCCAGGGCUGACAGCUCACUUUCUAAGGCACUUACGGAUGGUGAAAAGGAACAAGAGGAGACGAGCGAAGUCAAGAAGCUGCCUAAAAUCCGACUUUCUCCAGAGGAACUCAUUAAAUACGAGUCUGGUCUCAUCAUUUUCAAGAUCCUCGACGUGGAGCUUUCCGAGAAAGAUGUCAAAGUGGAGGUUGUAAUGGAUGAUAUGGCCUUCGCCUCCUACUCAUCAUCGACAAUACGAUCCAAAACUGCCACACUGGAUGACAUUGGUGACUGCUUUGUUCGUGAGCUUGACUUUUCCAAGAUCACACUUCGCAUCCGUGACAAGGAUUCAAGCAAAGGCGAAAACAAGAAAGAACACACAAUCGCGCAUUUACAAGGCAAUACCUUGGAUACGCUCAAGCAAUGUCUUGUAAGUGCCUUACUUUCAAAUCCCUUAUUUCCGGCGAUGAUGCUAACAAGAAUAUAGAACAACCCUACUGUUCUCAAGAUGAAGGAUGAGGAAGGCAGAGUCAGUAGUAUCAAAGUCAGCUUGAAGUACAUACCAGUCAAGAUGACACUUGAUCCAAGUGAGAGUAUCAACAACAUGGGUAAACUCCGUGUUGAUGUUCUUGACGGUGCGGAUCUACCAUCUGCAGAUCGCAAUGGAUACAGUGAUCCAUAUUGCAAGUUUGAGCUCAAUGGCAAAGAUGUUUUCAAAACCAAGGUACAAAAGAAGACACUUCAUCCUGCUUGGAACGAAUUCUUCGAGGUCGACAUUCCCUCGAGAACCGCUGCCAAGUUCAACUGCAAGGUAUACGAUUGGGACUUUGGUGAGAAGGCGGACUUCUUGGGCGGUGCGGAUGUAAACCUUGAGCUGUUGGACCCCUUCAAGGCUCAAGAACUCAACCUAUCUCUUGAUGGAAAGUCGGGUUCAAUCAGGUUGCGUCUACUAUUCCGACCUGACUACGUCACACGCUCUCGACAGGGCUCUUCUACCUUCUCCGGUACUUUUGCUACUCCAGGCAAGAUAGUCACUGGCGUUGCUGGUGCGCCAAUCAAGGGAGUUGGUUUCGCAGCACAUGGUGUUGGUAAAGGUGCAUCGUUCAUUAAACACGGUUUCAGCCGCAAGAAGAAGGACGAAGAACCCAAUGGAGCCAGUCCCGUUGUGAUGGAUUCUGAAGAUGCUUCAUUCUCUGUUGGGGGUUUUGGAGGCCCUCGAAGAUCUAGUGCACUUCCUCCGCCGAGUGAUGUUUCGGCUCCCAUCACGCCCCCUGGAAGUUCCUUGGGCCUGCCUCAUCACAGUCGAACAAAGAGUUUUGGUCAGGGUUCGAUGCAUAGCGUGUUCGGCUCCUCACCAGGCGCGGCGUCGACGGGUACUGCCAACUUUACAAUCAUUUCUGCCGCUGGUUAUCCUCCAUCAUCGAGUGUCAUGGUUUACGUGAAGCAGAUUGGCCCCAAGGUGAAAGUGCUUCACAAGACUGAGCACAUCAAGUCCCCGUCCGGAAUGGUAAACUUCAAUGAGAAGAAAGAAAGUUUCAGAUGUGCUUGUUCCGCAGAUACACAAUUUCAAAUUUCUGUCAAGGGACACAACACUUUCGGCAGUGAUGAUGAUCUUGGAGAGGGACUCUUGUUCGUCGACGAAUCUGGAAGCGGACAGGAGAAAAGUGUCAAGGCUGGCAGUGGUCACGUCAUGAUCAAGAGCAACUUCAUCCUUACGCCUGAGGAGCCGGAAAGUCCAAAGGGAUUACGACGAAGCUUUUUGAGUAAGAAGGAGCCCAAUGGAAGACCGAGUCGUGAGGUCACACCUACGCCACCUUGAAUUCGCGCAUGAGUGCUUUGGGUAUGAAUGGGCAUGGGAGCGUGGUCGUUGUGGUAAUGGUAUGUGGAUGAAAUCGUAUUUAAGCGUGUUGCGUUUGGUCGAUCUUUACUUCUCUUCUUCGUUUUUGUUUUUUUUGCGAUACCACCUUUUUCUUCCUUCGUUGGCUUUCUUCUCUCUUUUAAUCUAUUGCGAGGAGUGGAAAAGUGAUGUUUUUUUUAAUGUUGUUUGCCUUAUUUCCUUUUAUGGGGUUUGGCAGGGCAGCAGAGGGAAAAAAUGGGAUCUUUGAUGGAACACAUAUCUGCGAAAUAGGGGUUGGAUGUGGUAGAUAUUGGUUGCAUUGGAGGGUGUUGGGCUUGGCUGGCUGGAUAGUUAUAGUAAUGGGGGGGGGAUGUUGGAGGUGGGAGGUGGCCAUUCAGUUGUAGUUUUGUGAAUGAGAGUUCUUGAGCUUUUUUUUUUCUUUGAGGGCCUUUAGUAGGUGAUGGUGACGUGCUUUGCUUGUUGAAAGUUGUGGAAAUGUAAUCAGCGG